AUGGCUUCUUACAGCAACCAGUACAUCUUUGGGGAGUUCAGCCCAGAUGAAAUAAAACAAUUUUUUGUUUCUCCACGGUGCCAUGUAGAGCUUCCUCCAUUUAAUGACAAGGUCUCCUGUGUUAGUCAGUCUUCAGGAAGUUACUGCACUCCUGCUGUACCUUAUAUUAUGGAGUCAAUGGGACUGCAGGUUUGCGCAGAAGACUAUCAGCAUAUUGAGUUUGGCGUUGAUGAGGUAAUUGAUUCCAAGCCUAUCGGGAUCAAUGAUCCAUUGUAUAAAGUAUCCAGCAAGCUCAACCCUCAGGCUCCAGAGUUCAUCCUGGGUUCUGGCCCAAAACCUCCCAAGACCACUUCACAUACGGCUGAUGACCCUGAUGGAGCCCAUUUCAACUCGCUCGAUUGUCCGGACUCUGAUAUCUCGGGCCUGAAUAAUCACCAGGGUUGCCAGGACAUGGAUGAUAGACCAAACAGCCCCCCUUCCAAAUCGACCAGCCCUCCCCCUUUUACCACUUCUCCCACUACUGCACAGGAGGAGCGGGGAGCUGUGAACAGUGACUUGGCCAAUGGGCUCCCAACUGAUGAGUCGGUGGGCACAGAGGAACAGAAAGUGGACAGUGAAAAUGGUGAGGAGGUGCGGCCUGUUGCCUCAGACUCUGCUCUGCCCUCAACGACAGAUCAUGUUAAUUUAGUUGCAACCCAAGCUGCACCUACUGCCAGUCGGCCUAAAUCAUGGGCCAGCCUCUUCCACAACUCUAAACCUCUGCCUGGUGGACCUCAGGCGUUUGUGGAGGUUAAACAUGUUGUGGACGUAGUUGUCCCCUCUUCUCUUGCUGCAUUGGAGCAGUAUGAAAAGAUGGGGGAAGUCAAGGAGACUCCAGUUCAUGUGUCGGAAGAUCCCAUGGCCCCUAAACUUGCAGAACUUAUUGAGAAUGUGAAGUUGAUACAUAAACCAGUGUCUUUGCAGCCGAGAGGACUAAUCAAUAAGGGAAACUGGUGCUAUAUUAAUGCUACUCUCCAAGCCCUAAUCGCCUGCCCACCCAUGUACCACCUGAUGAAGUCCAUACCUCUGCAUAGUGAAACACAGCGACCUUGUACCUCCACACCAAUGAUGGACAACUUCGUAAGACUAGUGAAUGAGUUCAACAACAUGCCUGUGCCGUCAAAGACCAAGCAACAAGCCGGCGACAAAGUUGUGAAAGACAUCCGGCCCGGCGCACCCUUUGAGCCCACAUACAUUUACAAACUUCUUACUCUUAUCAAGUCAAGUCUUUCUGAGAAGGGACGACAAGAGGAUGCAGAGGAGUAUCUUGGCUUCACUCUUAACGGGCUACAUGAAGAAAUGCUUGCUCUGAAAAAAAUGAUCUCUCCUCAGGAAUAUGAAGUUUCAGCACCUAAUGGACCCGACACUCAGCCGGGUGCAGAGGAAGAGGAUGCUGAAAAAGAGGAAGAUGGCAGUGAGGACGAAUGGGAGCAGGUCGGCCCAAGAAACAAGACUUCAAUCACCCGACAAGCAGACUUUGUUCGCACGCCAAUCACGGAUAUAUUUGGUGGACACAUCAGGUCGGUGGUUUACCAACAAAACUCAAAGGAAUCGGCUACACUUCAGCCUUUCUUCACGCUCCAGUUGGAUAUCCAGUCAGAAAAAAUACGCACUGUCCAGGAGGCUUUGGAAACAUUGGUGGCCAGAGAAUCUGUCCAAGGAUACACGACAAAAACAAAGCAGGAGAUUGAGAUCAGUCGAAAGGUAACUCUGGAGGAGCUCCCCCCAGUCCUUGUGCUCCACCUCAAAAGAUUUGUCUUUGAAAAGACUGGAGGUUGCCAAAAACUAACAAAGAUUAUUGACUACCCUGUUGACCUUGAAAUAAGUAAAGACCUGUUGUCAUCCGGAGUUCGGAGUAAAGUUUUGAAAGGCCAAAGAACUUACAGGCUCUUUGCCGUGGUCUAUCACCAUGGAAACAGUGCAACAGGUGGUCACUACACAACAGAUGUCUUCCACAUUGGUCUUAAUGGCUGGCUGCGCAUCGAUGACCAGGCAGUGAAGAUCAUCACUCAGUACCAGGUGGUGAAGCAGACUGCAGAGCGCACAGCUUACCUGCUGUACUACCGCCGCGUCGACCUGCUAGGUUCCUCCGGAUCUGGACUUGUUUACAGAUCAGUCCAGUCCAUCAUCACAUUGACCUCCAGAGUCAUGGCCCAUCUUGUCCUGCUAUCCCUGCUGGUGCUGUCUGUCAUGGAGGCCACCUCAGUCGUCCUGCCAGACUCUCCGGAGCUGAGAGCCCUGUUGAGCCGCUACGAAGAGGAAGCCCAACAACCUGUGAACCGGAGCAGACGAGCCAUCCGCUGGUCCGACCGCGAAGAGAUCAUCCAGCUCCAUAACAAGCUGAGGAGUGGCGUCUAUCCCACUGCAUCCAACAUGGAGCACAUGGUGUGGGAUGAGGAGUUGGAGCGCUCUGCCACACAUUGGGCAGAGCAAUGUCAGUGGGACCAUGGACCUCACGACCUGUUGCGAUCCAUCGGCCAAAACCUGGGUGUUCACUGGGGGAGAUAUCGGCCUCCUGCCUUCCAUGUCCAAGCCUGGUAUGAUGAGGUCAAAGACUACACUUUUCCUUACCCUAAUGAGUGCAACCCUUGGUGUCCAGACCGCUGCUCUGGGCCCAUGUGCACUCAUUAUACUCAGUUGGUCUGGGCAACUACAAGUCGUGUGGGAUGUGCUGUUCACGUGUGUCCGCAGAUGAAUGUAUGGGGAGAAAUCUGGAACAACGCUGUUUAUCUUGUGUGCAACUAUUCACCAAAAGGUAACUGGAUCGGAGAGGCGCCCUACCAGCACGGGCGCCCCUGCUCUAAGUGUCCCCCCAGCUAUGGAGGGGGGUGUCGGAACAACCUGUGCUACAAAGAUUCACAGAUUUCCGAAACAGAAGAUAUGAAUGAAGUGGAGAAGCCUCAAGCUGCUCUACCUCCUCGCACAACACCUAAACCAACUGUAAAACCCAAACUUCCAGUGAAGAAACCAGCGUCCAGGCCCUCGCCUCCUAAGAGCAGCACUCCCAAGUCACCAGCUGCAACUCCUGGAAACAACUUCUUGGCACAUAACAUCAAAUGCGAGACUAAAUUGCGAGAUAAGUGUAGAGGAGUUACCUGUAAUCGAUUCAAAUGCCCGGCUAACUGCCUCAAUAAAAAGGGAAAGGUUUAUGGCACUCUUUUUUACGAUGUGCAAUCAAGUAUCUGCCGGGCAGCUAUUCAUUUUGGCGUGAUUGACAACAAUGGAGGCCUUAUAGACGUCACAAGAAUGGAAAAAUUUCCAUUUUUUGUAAAAUCCACAAAAAAUGGUGUGGAGUCCUCCAGUAAAUAUAAACCUGGAAAUGCAUUUGUUAUGGCCAAAGUGCAAGGAAUGUCUGUAGACUGUUAUGCAACAGUUGCUGAAAUCUGUCCUUACAAAAAGAUAAACUCACACUGUCCAAGGAUUUCCUGUCCAGCUGACUGCAAGAGCCAGCCUUCUUACUGGUCACCAGUGAUUGGAAACAGCAUUUAUGCAGAUCACUCAAGUAUUUGUAAGGCAGCCAUCCAUGCUGGGGUCAUCAGGCCUGAUGGAGGUUUGGUGGACGUCCUACCAUUGGAUAAGAGAAAGAACUAUGUUGGUCUUCUGAAGAAUGGUAUCCAGUCUGAUAGCAAAAGCACGACAGAGGGAGGGUCAUUCCGCAUCUUCACUGUGAGGCAGUGA